GCUUCCGUGAAGGCCCCGGCAGCAGCGCGCGUACGCCAACCCAGCCGCUUUUUUGAAUAUGAAAUUACCCCUCCAGUUUGGUGUGCAGCAAGGUGGAAGCAACCAAGCUGACACACAAGAACCUUUACAGGAGACGUACACAGGCCGUCUAAGAAAGCUAAUCUUUGCAAACCUACCUCUCCUUUUGUUGAUCAUCGGCUGCCUGCCGCUCUUCCUCCUGCUCGUCCCUACUGCGUCGUCCCUGAGCUCACAUAGCGCGCAGCUGACGCCUCUCAGCGACGCAGAUGAGUUUGAUAAGCCGGCGAGCUCGGGAGCUGCCAACGCUGCCUCCAAGACGACCAGGGCGCCGGCAGCCGCCGCAGCCGAGAACGACGAAGUCGAGGCUGCCGCCGAGGCCGCCACCAAGGCGGACGUGCAACACGCACCGCAGUCGUCCGAGCGCCGCCACCGUCACGUUACCAAGAGGAAGCCCGCGCGCAGAACCGAUGUCGCUACGCGUCCCGAGAAGCGACGCCACACGACACGACGACGCCACGGCGCGACAGAACGAAACCCAACGACCCGACGACACCGCACGACGCAGGAAGAGGAGGAGGAGGAGAGAGAGAAGGAAAUGCUCGCGGCGACGCCGAAGCGACACCGAGGCUCUCCUGCCGACGAAAAGCUUGCAAAGCCCGAGUCUGAACUCGGAAGAAAGCAAGUGGCGUCUCGGACGCAGGGCCCACUGCAAGAGCUGACGGGACCCAAAGGAAGGCGCCUUGUUCGACGCGUGGUGCGCAAGCGCCGCAAAACGACCCCGCUCGUCGGCAACGCGUCUUCCGCGGUUUCCGCAAGCCCAAUGCUCCUCGGGACCACAACGGUCAAUGCCGACAACGAUUUGGAGGACCGAAAGCUGGACGAAGCGCAGGAACUCGCCGAGCGUCUUUGGGGAAUCAUUGCCGAGACAGUGACCACGCAUUCCGGUCGCAUCGGGAUGGCUUCUCGAACGAGCGCGGCGUACACCUUGCCAAGACGUUCGUCUCAUGUUUACUCUCAAGCUACCGAGGCAGUCAGCGACAUAGAAGGUCGACGCCGAUUGGAAGUACUGGCACCGAAUUUCGGGGGGAACAGUGCAGCGACUUAUGGGCUACCGACGAACGAGACCUGCGUCAACCCUUCGCACUGCCGGGCUCCUUCCUACAACAACGGUAGUGGUUCGCGCCGAGCGCCGCCGGACAAUGUGGAAACUGAAGAACCAAGGACAUUUCAGCACCCUGCUGAACUAACACGUGACUCAACGCCACCCAGAAGAACGCAGGGCAAAGCGUGGACUCAAAACAGACCGCCGAAGACAACCGUGAUGUCCAGUGGAGCGCUAGACCUAUUAGACUGGCUGUUCGGCCUCGGAGUGAACAAUAGGCUGUCGAAUACAGAAUCUGCGCGGAAGGAGUUCAGAACCGAGAGUUCAUCAAGCCUUGCAGCGAAGACUAGCGAUGACUGGUCUACCCAUUCCUCGCGGUUUUCGACCACCGGAGCUGGUCCUUCCCUGGCAGCCAAAAGUCACGAACUGACUUCCAAAAGCUUUAAGAACCGGUCCUACAAAAUGUCGGACCGUAUCAUUGGUGUAGAGACAGCAGCGACGUCAUCCAGCCAUAAAAUAGCGACCAAUUCUGAGCUGGAAACUGCGACUUUCCGGAAGAUAUUGAAUCGCAGCGACGCAUCCUCGCUCAGUAGUACAUCAUCGCCAUCUCAGACUCCGGUGGAACCCUUUUCAGACAUGUCCAGGGGACUCCGAACAGGUAAAGUUUCAGAAGGCACGGUGCCUCUGUCAUACCUGCCUCCAAAUGAACCUUUAGCCACUGCGAGCAGAGAGAUUCAGCCGAACGGCAACAAAUUUAGCGCUUCGGUGGGCAAGCCACUUCAGUUUUCCACAGAAAGCGAUGCUGGAGGCGGAAAUGCCGAUCCCAGUCUGAAAGCCUUAAUUCUGGCUGACGAAGACUCAAGUGAGGAUGAUUACGACGACGGCUACGAAGAGGACGAAAAGAACAACGAUGACAACGAUGAGCAAGACGCUCUUAUAAAGAAAGGCUUAUUACCAACGUUUGGCAGGCGUCAAGGACUGUCUGGCCCCGAGAGACGAAAUUACAGUGACAACCAAACGAGAACGCCCUUCAGCGCAAGUGAUAAGAACUUGGUUUCCAGGAGCCAUUCGGUCUCAGCAACUGAACGUGAGAGCAAGGAACCAUCCUGGAACUUUGGGGGCGCAACUCAGAAGCAUGGGGCCGAUGUUGGUUCCGAAGAUGGUGGACAUAGGCAUAGCACAGUUCGUGGUAUCUCUGGAAGAAUCAGAAACUUGCGUUUGAAUCCGCCUGCGCCGAAUGGUGUCUCUGGGCGGAGUGCAGCGCCCGGACAAGCGAUGACUGAAAAUUUCAUGGAUGGGAGAACAGCGGUAGCAAGCAGCUUGUCCGACAGCGAUGAACUCCCAACGACGUCUUUCGCCGAGGAACGUAUGGACUCACCUACGAAAUGGAGUGGUGUCCGUGACGCAGAGGCUCGAGGUAGCCCUGUUCGAACCGCGGCAACUGAAGGACACACGCCCUCGCACGAACCCUCCGGAGAGGUUCCUCGCCUCAUCUACAACUCCGAAAGCCACAACUUGACCGAACCGACAAAAGCAGCCGCUCCCACAAAAGCUUCUGGGAACACGGCAUCUGUGAACGCGACCACAAGCAGCGAGCAGGGCGGUAUCGCAAGCGGCGGUGCAGUUUCCAGAAAUCAUACAGGCUCGACCGUGAACCUCCGUUCCAUUCCGCCACUGUCGCACCUUGGAGAAGUUCCGAAUGCUCCAGUUGUGCCCGAGGUACUGAAGACGGAACUUUCCAAAGAACUUACCACAAGGGCGUCUACGAGAAGGCGCUUGAGGUUGGAAACAACACCGCACAACAGCGCUCCAGAUGUCCUCGAGCUCACGUCGUCGACCGGAACCGUCAGUUCCAAAGCGCAAGGUCACACCUUGCCACAGAAGCUGCACAUCAUGUGCUCUAUAGGGGCCACAUACCCUGGCCCCUAUCCCGUUGAGCUGUGCGACAAGAUCAUGAUCAAGGACGCGGUGUCGUUUGAUCAAGUGAGGAUCAAGUUCACGGUCCGGUCGUAUGACGCCUUCCUGGCGCUCAAGGCACAGCAGAUAAAGCGGCCCUCGUUCAAGAUCGUCGGCCUGAUGACUUGGCGCAACAUCGAGCAGUUCCGGUUGCUGAACCCGUCCAGCGACGCCUUCGUGGGGAAGGUGGAGCGGCUGCUGCUACGCAUCAACUUGGACGGCCUCUGCAUGGACCUGGCAGGAGUGUCGCGCGGAAACAUCAUGGCCUACAGGCACAUCCUCAGG